AUGGACACACUAACGCGCGACCGCGGCGACGUCGCCACCGGCGUCCCGGAGGACGUAGAUCGCGACCGGCGGAGUCACGACCGGUCGGAGCCGGAGCGCGAGCGCGACCGUGGGUAUGACCGGGACCGCGAGCGUGACCGGGACCGCGAGCGCGGCUACGACCGAGGCCGUGAGCGCGAGCGCGACCGCGGCCAGGAUCGCGACCGUGAGCGCGACCGCGGCUACGACCGCGACCGUGAGCGUGACCGCGGGUAUGACCGUGAGCGCGAGCGCGAUCGCGGCUACGACCGGGAUCGUGAGCGUGACCGCGGGUAUGACCGGGAUCGCGGCCGGGACCGCCGUGGUCGGGACUUCGACGAUCGCCGGGGUCGGGAUCAUCCGAUCCGCGACGAGGGCCCCCCGAGCCGGAGCCGGAGCCGGAGCCGUGAUCGGGUCCCCCGGCGGCGCUUCGAUGCCGAGGGCCCGGCUCCCCGGCACUCGCGCUUCGACCGGCACUCGGAGCACGGCGGCCCGGAGGGGCUGGACCAGGCCCCUCCCCGGCGCAGCCGCUUCGACCGCAAUGCCGAUGGCCAGGUCGAGCAGAGCCACGCCCGGCGCGGUGGCGGCCCGCACAUGCCCUUCCCCCUGCCACAGCCGCACCCCAACGCCACCCCCGAGGAGAUCGAGCACUUCCACCUGCAGAUGAAGAUCGAUGAGCUGACCCGGACCCUGGCCAUGCCGCAUCUGACCCCGCCGGAGCAUAACCGCUCCCCUUCCCCCCCGCCGACGUACGACUCGCACGGUAACCGUACCAACACCCGGGAGAAGCGCUACCGCAAGAAGCUGGAGAACGAGCGCAAGACCCUCAUCGAGACGGCCAUCUCCACCAUCCCCAACUACCGGCCUCCGAGUGACUACCGGCGGCCGACGCAGGUCCGGGAGAAGGUGUUCAUCCCGUCGGAGGAGUAUCCCCAUAUCAAUUUCCUUGGCCAGCUGAUCGGGCCUCGUGGCAACACCCUCAAGCGCAUGGAGCAGGAGUCUGGCGGGAGCCGGAUUUUCAUCCGUGGCAAGGGUUCCGUCAAGGAUGGCAAGAACUCCGAAUACUCCCUUGCCCAAGAUGAGGAGCCCCUCCACUGCAUCAUCGUGGCUGACACCCAGGAAAUCGUUCGCAAGACCAUCGACCUGAUCAUGGAGGUCAUUGAGACCGCGAAGUCCGUCCCCGAGGAGCUGAACGACCGCAAGCGCAACCAGCUCCGCGAGCUGGCCUCCUACAACGGCACCCUGCGCACGGAUGACUCGAUCACCUGCCGCAACUGCGGCUCCACCGGGCACAUGCAGCGCGACUGUACCGAGCGCCGGAGCGUCACCAAUACCAUCACCUGCCACAACUGCAAUGGUGUGGGGCACUUGCGCCGGGACUGCCCGGUCCGUCAUGGCGGACCGCAUGGCGGACCGCACGGCGGCUUCGGCGGCGGCCCCAUGGGCGAUCCGCAUCACCCUGGUGGCCCGGACGCCGGUGGCCCGCCCCGGCCGCCGGUUAAUCCCGAUGAGGCGCAGCGCGACUACUUGCGCUUCAUCGCCGAGCUCGGUGACCUGCCGCCUGAUGCUCCGGAGGCGGCUGCCGCUGCGGCCGGUUCCGGUGGCCCCGACGCCGGGCCAGGCCCCCGUGGCGGCGGUGGUGGUAAUGCUGCCGGCGGCCCGGACGACGGGCACUUCCAUCCCCCGGGCCCCAACUUUGGCCGUGGCCCGGGUGGCUCAUCGCGCGGCCCGCAUGGCGGUCGCGGCGGUGGUUUCCCCCCGCACGGUGGCCCCCCCGGGCCACACGGCUAUGGCAACUUCCCCCCUCCCCACUUCUUCCCUCCUCCGCAUCAUGGCUCGGGCUUCGGCGGUCCCCGUCCUCCUCAUGGUGGCUGGCCUCCGAUGCAUGGGCACAUGAUGCAGUUCCCCCCGGGCGGGGACAAGCCUUUCGAUCCGGCGGCCGGUCCGCCGGCCGUGGACCCUGCUUGGGCAAUGUACUUCCAGAACAUGCACCAGGGCGCCCACGGCGGCCCGCCACCGCCGCCUGGCACUGGCAGCGAGGACCAGCCGCCGCCGCCGCCGCCGCCGCCGCCGCCGGGAGCUGGCGGGGAUGCCGGCUCGGAGCAGCCACCACCGCCGCCGCCGCCGCCGCCGCCGUCGGGCGCCGAUGCGGGCGCCGAACAGCCCCCCCCACCUCCUCCCCCUCCUUCUGCUCCUGCUCCCCCGUCGGCUGGCAGCGGUCCGGGUGCUGAUGCGUCGAGUGUCGGGAACUCCGCGGCCGCCCCGGCGGCCACGGCGGCCCCCACCGCCCCGAAGAAGACCCCAGCCAACAUCCCCGUGCCGCCUCCCUACCAGCCGUACACCGGCGGCGCUGGUGCCAGCGGGGGGCCUGGACCGGAGCGUUUCUUCCCCGGGAUGGGCCCGAUGAUGAUGAUGGGCGGUGGUCCGAUGCCUGGUUAUGGUGUGCCGCCGCCGCCGCCGUCGGCUGCCGGUGGCUGGCCCGGCUAUCCUCAGUCGUACUCCGGCGGCGGGGGCGGCGGCCGGCACCAGCGUGGCAGUGCCGGCGGCAAUGGCGAGGGUGCCGGUUCCUACGACCGCCACCCUCCGCAGGGUCCGCCCCCCACCACGGCCUCCGCGCAUCAGUAG